GAGGGAGAGACAUCAUCGCCAGAGUAGUGUCGCGUGUGUGUAUGCUCGAACCGGGGCCGCAAUCCGAACAGAAGAAGCCGAAUACACGCAGCGAGAGAUCGUGCAAGAUCAUCACGCCCGAGAGAAGGGAAGGCAGCCAGACACUUCCAUCUCUUUUCGUGCCGAACAAAACAUCUGACGAGUGACAGUCGCUCGCGAAAGGCGAAGAGCGUAACGGAAUGGACGAAGGAGUAGGCCGGAAAGGCACCCCCGCGGUCGAAGGGAAACCCUUUCGGCGAUAUAUUUGUGCAUUGCCACACAAGCUUGAAACGAGGGCGACGGGGGUUUAGGAUUUUAGCCGGACGGACGGACGGACGGCCGGACGGAGGAAGAGUCGAGUUCAGGCCAGCCGUCGUAGGCAGCGUCGUGUCGUCGUCCGCGUCCGUGACUCCGGCUGUGUUGUUGUGUCUGUCCAGGAGAAGACAAGACAAUUAGGAGACAAUUGGAGAGAGAGAGGGCGAGGUGAGUGACGGGAAGGCUCAGGCCCACGAGCGACAGAAGGCGAAAGCGACUGAUUUCUGGAACGAGCAGUGGUGGUGGGUGCGAAAUAUUUUGCUGGCUCGGAGGCUCGGGCGGUCGGGCGCUGGCCUGUGUCUUGCUGGGGGCUCGGACGGAGCGAGGGAAAUUUUUGCGUGAAAAUACUCUGAUCGCUCGCCGUGAGAAAUGUCGGUUGAGGUGGGUCGGAGGCCUUCGAAUGGAUCGCUUUGGUCUGAGGCCCAGUCGUGAGUGCGAUGAGGCGGUGGCAGAAAUGUAGUAGCGAGCCGUUCGGAUUCGAAAGAGGAUGAGAGCAGAAGACGCUUUCUGUUUUUGGCGUUGGAACACCAGCAUAUUAUGAUGGGAUCCAUGCAACUGGACGUAAUUAUGGCUGUGGAGGAAUUGCACGGUCUGAGCGCCCGGGACAUGAGCAAGCUUCUAAAGGACCUCCAUAAUUUCACGUUUCGAUUCAACACGAGUAGAGGCGCUCUUAUGCGGGUUGAUGUACAGCGACUCGCAACGAGCUUGCCUCUGCAUUUGCUUGCAAGUGUAGCAUCCACAGGUGCCGAACCACGGUUCCGAUAUUUACUUCGAGGUGUUCGCCUCUUGCAUUCUCUGAGCGACUUGGCUCUGCGGUACCCUAAAUUGGAGCAGCUACUACUACACGAGGUGAAGCUAAGGGAGCAGGUCUUGGAUUUAGUCAUAUACAUGCUCAUCGUCCUGGCCAGUGUAGAGCAGGAAGGCCGAGCUGGCAGCUUUGUGGCUUUGCUGCACGCAGCAUUAGUGGCCUGCUGCCUCUAUCUUUUGACAGCAUUCGUGACGAAAGAAUGGCACGAUGUGGUGCCUGUUCUCUUGGCACACCCGAAGGUAGAUGUAUUCAUGGACGCAGCAUUUGAUGUUGUAAGACGAGACAUUGGGCUUUUGCAAAGUAAAUUGCGCACCUUGCACAUAAAGCUGGCAAGUAAGAAAGCAACUCUGCCUGCUGCAGAACGCGUUGGUGAGGCUACUGCACAACAAUGCGAAGCAUCUCUCCAAGUGCUUCAAAGUUUAUGUCAAACGCAGGCAUUCAGAGAUCAGCUUCUACACCAUAAGGAGCUCUGUACAAGGGGUGGAGUGCUGCGCCUGACACUCGCCGUUUUGAAGCUGAACAUGCCCAGUUCGUUACAACAAUCGAAGUCACUGGUUGCGUUCAUUUCCCGUUUGAAAUCCAAAGCAUUAUCAAUGCUGCUAAAAUUUUGCGAGACUGAGUCGGUGUGCUUUCUGGACGAAGUUGCAGCAGAGCCUCAAAGCAUGCAAUUGGCUGAACUUGUUGCUUGUGAGGUCCUCGCUUUGGUCAGAAGUGCCUUAUUAGAGGAGCCGAGGCGAAUCGAAGACGCUGAAACUGAGCAGAAUCCUAUGGGGUCUUUGCACAUAAAUGCUAUGCGCCUAGCCGAUCUUUUCUCGGACGAUUCCAACUUUCGGAACUUGGUGAUGGAUGGCAUUGCCCCAGAUCUGGGAACAGUUCUGGCAGCACCACCGGGUGUAUUCACCUCUCGUUGGUGUGAGGGUGAUAUAGCCGUUAACUUGGCAAAGGGAGAGAUGGAUGCAAUUUUAGUCUAUGACCCCUUUCAGGCAGCAGGUGCAGCAAUGAUAGCAUCUGUAAAAGGUGCUACAGCCCCCGUAUCUGGCUCCCCUGGAGACUCCCUUCAACCGUUAGAAGAGAUGGAAACAGGAUGUGUGCUCUCAAUAGAGAGCACUUCACCUGAUCUAUAUGCACGAGAACGCUCAGCACUGCUUGUCAAGCUUUUCGCUAAUCUCACCUGCUUCAAUCCAGAGGUUUGCUCAGUGGAUGAGAAGGAUCGCUUUUUGCACGUUUUCGUGGAGUGUCUUGCUUCAGGACCUCUGAUGAAAUCCAGCAGCUCUCAUUUUUUGACUCCAGAGCAGACUGCUGUCCGUAUUUGCGAGAAUUUGUAUGUGUUGCUUGAUCAUGUGGUGUCAUCCUCACAUACGGUUAACGAUGAAGACUUGUCUCUUGUCAGCCAAUUCUCUGACGCACUUCACCAUGCAAUUUGCCCAUCUCCACCCUCUGACGAAUCAACCUGUCUGGCUGCCCCAGUCGUGAGUUACCUGCGAGAUGCACACGAGAAAAAAUUGCUGAUGAUACAUACUCGCCGUCAAGAGCUUCCUCGUUGGCAGAAGAUUUAUCAAAGUUCAAUGGAGCUUCAGGAGAAGGAAGCUGUGGCUGUUUCUGUACGACCAAAUGCUGUCUAUGACAGAGGAGUUCCAUGUCAAAAUGGGAUGGAGAUUGAGAAGAAACAACAAGAGGUGAAAACCCUCUCAAGUGGUAAUAAUGAACACCACAAGGUAGCGGAUGCUCCACUAGACAUGUUGCUAAUUGCCAUUGAAGAAAUGCAGAAUCUACCAUCGUGCAAUAAAAGCAUAUUGCGUCAAUCCAGCUCCAUUCAACUUGCAAUGUCAAGAGAGGAGAGUUCAGCUAUCGCUGGUUUACAUGAGGCAAGAGCCGAAAGCCUUAUGGAACCUCUUGACGAACAUGAAUACGAUGAGCGGCAUAUGGAUGAUGACGAUGAGACUCUAACAAAAGAGUUCAAUGACGGUGAUUUUGCUGUGGAAAGUAAUGAAGACGACAAUGCAAGGGGUUCACAAUUCAUGAGAAAUCCCAAAAGACGCAGGGAGUCCAAGAAAAGUUUGGAUAGUGAUGAACCACCAAAGAAAAGGAAACGGAACAUUAUGAAUGAGCGUCAGAUCAAGACUAUUGAAGAGGCUUUGAAAGGAGAGCCUGAAAUGCAGCGGUAUCCCAAGCUAAUACAGCAGUGGACAAAUACUCUCAAUCAGAUGGGUCCAGAAAUCGCUGUACACCAGCUUAAAAAUUGGCUUAACAACAGAAAAGCGAGGCUAGCGCGGAUAGCUAGAGAAGAACGAGCUGCAGAGGGCGAUAUGCGAGGUGAGAAUUCUCGCCACACGAGGUCCGCUCUGGGAAUUAUGGGGGAGCAGUCGCAGGAUAUGACUGUCACCCCUCCUGGGUCUCCCGAAGGUACCAGAAGUGUGGACGGGAGUCAAAGAGAUUCCGGCACCAAACAGCGAACAAGCAAGUCCUCCCGAUCAGUGAGCAAGAGGGACUCUCAAGACAGAGGGACAACUCCAGAACUUUCAAAUUUGGAGCCUGGUCACAAGCAUCUAGGUGCUGACACGCUGGAUUCACGAGGCGGUUCAUCCUCAAACAGAGGAGGAAAGUGUAAUUUAGGUCAUGGUCAGUAUGUUUCUCUUAGGGAUAAUGAAGACAAAGAAGUUGCAUUAGGAUACAUUGUGCAAUUGGACGGGGUCUGGCAGAGUAGAGAUCUUGAAGAACAGAGUCUUUGUGUGAUACAAGUGGUAGAAUUCAAAGUGGAUAAAACAUCCAAAUUGCCCUACCCUUCCAACUUGACAGGGUCAUCAUUUGAAGAAGCUGAAACACUACUUGGGAAAAUCAGGGUUGCUUGGCACAAAGACAAGAUUGAAAUUGUCCAGGACGGUAUCAGGAAGUAGAGUACCGGUAGGUUCCUCUCCUCCGUUCCACAAUCUUUGUAUUAUUAUUCAUUUCGUCAUGUUACUGAUGAAGAAAAGUUUAUGUCCCAUCGUCUGUUAUUUGCAUGGGGGCCUACGUAGAGGAGGCCUUGUCCAUCUUUGCCCUCGUGCUUUCUGAAGUAUGUUCCAUGUAUGUCUCCGUCAGUUCUUCGGACUCCACAACUUGAAGGUUUGUUUCUCCUUGAACUCAGAGGGUUGUUUGUAGAGACUGUCAGGCCUCUAGUGUUGCAGCCCUCGGAGAAAUUUUGCUCAACUCAAGCCGUCACGUAGAAAGCAAUCUAGCCAUCAUUCACAG